AUGUAUGAUCAUGUCACUGACCAAGCGGUGAAGACUGUAGAAAGUCAUCCAAACAUCCAGUUGGAGUUUACUUUUUACCAUCUCCCCAGGCAGUAUGUCUCAGUGGAUGGGCUGGGCAUGCUGCCACACCUGGUGGAAGGGGUGGGGAUGGCGUUGCCUCUCUCUAGGCCUCAGUUCCUGCAGGGGUCCUUCCCCUGCCAGACUGGGUGUGAAACCAGUGAACAGGCAGAGUUUUGUGACCGGUUUACACUUGUGGAACAGAGAUCUGAGCACAGAUGUAGGAGCUGGACACAAGGGAGUAUCAGGAAGAAAGACUGCUGUCCAGGUGGUUUCUUUGAGAACGGAGUGACCAGUGUCAGUCUGCCCAGAACUUUCCUGCCUUUUGCACUGAAAGUCCCGCACUGGUUGGUCGCCCUGGGGUCCUGGGAAAUUCGAUGCAGGCUGGUGUGCGAGCCCCGCCCCUGGCGCCUCGUGGAUGUCUGUGGUGGCGCCUUUACCAUGCGCACCGUAGGUGGUGGUAUCUUUCAAACCCUCAGAGGUUUUCGCAGUUCUCGGGUGGGAGGAAACCACAAACUAGGAGGGAGUUUGACAGAUCUUAAAGCCAGGGCUCCGCAGUUGGGAGGUAGCUUUGCAGUCUGGGGAGUUCAGUUUUCCAUGACUGACCGCAGUGUGGUUCAAGUCAGAGGGAAAGAAGAUCCCUGGAAUUCCAUCACAAGUGGUGCCUGAAAAGGAGCCAUUCUGGCAUCAAGAAACGGACCAGUGGUUAUGGUUGGGUCAGCCGUGAUGGCUGGCGUUUUCCGAGCUCUAAUUGAAGGAGCUGGUAUCUUGUUGGCAGGACUUGCCUUCACACAAUUCCCCAACAGUCCUCCGUUUGCUGAAGACUUCUCCCAGUUGCCUUCAACCCAGUUACCAUACUCACCUUUCAGAGACUACAGACGAAACCAAUAG